UUGAAAAUCACUCUAAAAAUAUUAUUUUAAGUAAAAUUAGAAAUAAUUUUAGUAAAAAUAACCAUGUUGAAAUUUGCGUGUUUAGCCGUUUUGAUCGUCGCCGCUUCAGCCGGCAUCCCAUUCAAGGAUUGCGGACACUCUGAGGUAACCAACGUUGCCAUCACUGGCUGCACAACCAGUCCCUGCACUCUCCACAAGGGAAAGGAGGUUACCAUCGAUAUUGAGUACACCGCCAAUGCCGACAGCGCUAAGGCUGAGUGGUCUCUGCACGCCAUUGUUGGUGGUUUGGACUUGGACCUAGCUACUUUGAUCCCCGGCUUUGACCGAGAUGGUUGCAAAGACACGCCCUGUCCC